GAAGCUUAAAGACAAACAACACUACAUGGUCUACUGGAUUGGUGUGUGUGAUAAACUGCAGUGUUUUCUUCUCCUUACUAAAAUAUAUUUUCACACGAUUGGCACAAGAGCUGGUGGUCUCCAUGGCUAUGCUCCCGUCAGAAAACAACAGGUCUUUCCUUCCCACCACCAAGACACCUCUCCACAAUGCCACAGAAUGGAUCCUGGUCCACAGCAUCAUUCCUCCCUACAUCUUCACCCUAUGUGUGACAGGGCUGCUGGGUAAUGGCUUUGUCCUGCUGGUCUUCCUUCUCCAGAGGGAGCAGUGCUCCGUCCCAGAGAUCUACCUGGGAAACCUGGCCCUGGCUGACCUGCUCCUCCUGGCCUGCCUGCCCUUCUGGGCCAUGAACAUCCUUAAUGACUACAACUGGCCUUAUGGAGACUUCUUGUGCUACGUAGUCAAUCUGUCUAUCACUGUCAACUUCUACACCAGCAUCUACCUGUUGGUGAUGGUGAGCGUGGACCGCUACUUAGCGCUGGUGAGGACCAUGAGGGCCAGGUGGCUGAGGAGGAAGCGCUACGCACGGGCGAUAUGCCUCAUACUGUGGCUGUUUGGGCUGCUGAUAGGGGGUCUAGCUUCGCUUCACAGAAAGGUGACGUUCAUUGAGGAAUAUCGGACAAUGGCGUGUAUUCUGGAGUAUCCUGACCACUCUGGGGAGUCUUGGAAGCUGGCCCACAACCUCCUGUUGAACAUAGUUGGCUUUGUUGUGCCUGUUGUGGGGAUUUUUUCCUGCAGUUGUAACAUUAUCAGAGCCCUGAGGAAGAGGAGGCAGAGUGUUUACAUCGAGGGUGGAAAUGACAGGAAGGCCACAGUCCUUGUUUACGCCGUGACGCUGCUGUUUUUUGUAUGUUGGAGUCCCUUCCAACUCUUCACCUUACUCGAUAUGCUGUGUGAUGCAGAGGUCUUGGAUGAAACAUGGCAUUAUACACUGGACAUUGGUACCCAGUUUUCAACCUACCUAGCAAUUCUGAACAGUAGCCUAAAUCCUCUGUUGUAUGUAUUUUCUGGUCAGUAUUUUAGGAGGAAAGUUAGCACCAUCUACAAGAGAACGAAGAAUCGCAGGAGAUCUGAUACAAUGGCAUUUCAGCUUUCAAUUGUAUCAACCUACCUCCACAGGACUGAUCAAAUCAAACCUGUUGUAAUACAGACAUGAGUUCCUCCAUUUUCCUGCACAUUUGUUUGAUAUCUUGUAGUUAUUGCACACUAAAUUGCAUUAUCAAUGUUGAAUUACACAAUGUAGCCACAUAAAAUGUGUGCAAUCUUGAACUACAUUAUGUAGGUCUAUAAGGUUUAGAUUGUGUAGGAGAUAUGUUUACGGGCACGGAAAAAUAUGUGAUAUAAAUACUAUGCAUGCCAGUCUCUCUUGGAGUUGAGGAGAGACUGACUGCAUCACUUAUUUUUAUAAGAAACAUUGUGUUGAAAAUCACAA